GACCGAUCGGGUGAUAAAGCAGGAUGGCGUCUGACGGAGAAGGCCUAAACGCGGGCAUUAUAUUUCUGUAUUCUUACAUAUAUGUUGUUUAAUAGAGUACACACGGAUAAUUGUUUGUAGCUGGAUACAUUAGUCUGAGUGCACUUUGACACUUCUCCUGUUUGCAAGCUUCAUUUGAGGUAGCUUGCAGCUAGUUUAGCUGGCUAGUUAGCUUAGCUUGUUAGCUGCUAACAAAGAGUCGCGGAAGUUAUUUAAACAUCGCUAAGUAGGGAACUAAUGUGAGUGUAAAGUGUUGUGAUUGUGUGAAAAUGUGCGAAAGAAAGAUGGCAGAGUAUGAGGAGGAACUUUGUCCAACAAAAGAGGCGAAAGAGCGACAACAUGAACUAUUGGAUGUUUAUUAUAAGAAACAUCAUCAAGUUGUGUUACACAGACCAGAUGUCUGUGAAGAACAACUUCUGCCUGAAAAACAGGAGUGUAGCUUCAGGAUGGUGAAGGAGGAUCCAUCAAAGAGGAAGACCAGGUGCCACAGACCCUCUGGCGUCUCAUUUUCCUCUUUGACACUGACCCUUCCCUGUAAAAAGGAAGAGGAAGACUCACUGACGCCCCACAUUAAAGAGGAAGAGGAGGAACAUAGCAUCAGUCAGAAGGGAGAUCAUAUUGAAGGACUGGUGGAGUUCCCAGUGAUUGGUGUCCCUGUGAAGAGUGAAGAUGAUGAGGUCAAAGGUGAAAGUGAGGAGAAGAGAGAGGCAGAGCCUCCAAGCAGCAGCUCAACACAACACAUGACAACAGAAGCUGAUGGAGACCACUGUGGAGGAUCACAAGCAGACAAGCUCUUAGCUCCACUAUCAGAUAGUGAGGACACAACGUCACACUCUCCUGACACUGAUGAUGAAGACUCUAAAGAUGAUAAGACAUGUCACACUGACAACACUCACUUGAAAUGUUCUCACUGUGACCAAACAUUUAAAAACCAUAGUCAUCUGAAAAGACACAUGAGAACACACACUGGAGAUAAACCUUUUUCUUGUUCAAUCUGUGGCUUAUCUUUUACAAGGAAGGACAAUAUGAAAGAUCACACAAGAACACACAAAGGAGAAAAACCUUUUUCGUGUUCUUUGUGUGAUUCAAGGUAUGCACGAAGUCGAGAUUUGAAAAAACACCUGAAAAGACACACUGGAGAAAACCUUUUUAAGUGUUCUGUGUGUAAUUCAAGUUUUGUCCAAGGUGAACAUUUGAAAAGACACAUGAGAACACACACAGGAGAAAAACCUUUUACCUGUUCACUCUGUAGUAAAGGUUUUGCACAAAGUCACAAUUUGAAAGUACACAUGAGAACACACACUGGUGAAAAACCUUUUUCCUGUUCAACCUGUGGUAAAGGUUUUACACACAGUCAGAGUUUGCAAGAACACAUGACAAUACACAGUGGAGAAAAACCUUUUUCCUGUUCAAUUUGUGGUGAAGAUUUUGUACGGCGACAGUCUGUAAAAGUACACAUGAGAACGCACACUGGUGAAAAACCUUUUACUUGUUCAAUCUGUGGUAAAAGUUUUACAGAAAGUCGAUGUUUGGAAAGACAUACAAGAUCGCACACUGGUGAAAAAGCUUUUUCCUGUUCAAUCUGUGGUAAAGGUUUUACAGAAAGUCAAUAUUUGAAAGUACAUGAGAAAACACACACUGGUGAAAAACCUUUUUUCUGUUCAAUCUGUGGUAAAGGUUUUACAGAAAGUCAGAAUGUGAAAAGACACAUGAGAACACACACUGCUGAAAAAUCACAUUUCUGUUCAAUCUGCAACAAGAGCUUUUGUGAACGAUCAUACCUUGUAGCACACAUGAAAACACACACAGGAGAGAAAGUGUUGAGUUGCAGUGUGUGUGGUGAAAGAUUCUCUUCUAAGUACCAGUGUAAGAAACACAAGUGUGCUGGUGAGAACAGCAGCAGCAAAUGAAACUGCAGGAUUUGAAAUAAACUGUCAAGACUUUAAUUUUGACUUUCUAACAACAUCAGCACAUAUAACAUGUGUGACAUUGUUGUUUGUGUAACAAUCUUUUUAAUAUGCUACUACGUUUAUAGAUUAGAUAUUUUGUAUUCGUGCUUUUUUCAAUCAAGUACAUGCAUUAAUAUGCAACAUUGUGUACUUGUAUUAAAAUUCGAACAGAACAAUUUGACUGAAAAGGUGAGAGUAAACAGUACAAGACAUAUUUUACAUACAAAAAACAUUUUAUGUGUAUAUAUAUUCAUCAUACAAUUUUAGACAUUCAUAAUAGUGUUUUUUAUAGGUGCUUGAAAUAUUGAAGUGUGACAUAUUUGUAUUUCUAAUUGUUAAUGAUCCCAUAGAUUAGCACCUUUAUAUGAUAUACAUAUGUACUGGUUCGCAUCUGAAACAUCUUCUGGACCACUUCAUGAAGCAUGUUAUUUACUUUAUACGUCAUUUGAACAGUUGUCUUUAAUACAAUUUUAAAAUGUGUGACUUUAGGAAUCAUUUGUUGGGUCUCUAUACCAUUUUAUCAAUUAUCUUUAUUACUCUCUUUUGUAAUAUGAUGAAUGUGUUGUGAUUGUUUUAUAUGUAUGUCCCCAGACCUUUAUGCAAUAUAAAAGUGAGAGAAAAUGGCUAAAUUGUUUGUGGAAGGAUGGUUUUGUUUUUACAAACUUACAUUUGUGGAUAAAACAAAAAUUCCCACUAUUGUGUUUUAAACAUUAUUAACAGUAUGUUUUAAUUGUUCUUUUCUAACAUCUCCAAAACAAUAUCAAUAUCAAUCAAAGUUUGGAGUGUCAGUUAAAAUCCAAUGUUGUACAUCAUCCCACAGAGAUUUACCUUGCAUUCAUUCAUAAAAUAAACUUUAUUUUGUUUCCCUAUCA